GACCAAGCAUUGGUAACAUUCUCAGUAAAACUUCUAAUGUCUUAAUUUAAAUAACUCUGAUCAUCUGUAUUUGUAUAUUUCUCAGGUGCGCUGUGAGUACAGCAUGGCUAAUUUUAGUACUGGAGAUCGUAUGAGAAAACCAAAGGGUGACAGGCGAUCAACAGAGAUAUCUCUUGUUAUUCGUCAGACAAUGGAAGCAUGCAUAUUGACCAAUUUAAUGCCUCGUUCUCAGAUAGAUAUUUUUGUACAAGUUCUACAAGCAGAUGGAGGAACUCGAUCUGCAUGUAUUAAUGCUGCAACAUUAGCUCUUGCAGAUGCUGGGAUUCCAAUGCGUGAUAUUGUUACUUCCUGUAGUGCUGGAUACCUCAAUAGUACUCCUCUUCUUGAUUUGAAUUAUGUUGAAGAUAGUGCUGGAGGUCCUGAUGUCACUGUAGGCAUUCUACCUACAUUGGAUAAAGUUACUCUCCUUCAGAUGGAUGCUAAGUUACCAACCGAUACAUUUGAAGAUGUCAUGCAACUUGCUACUGAAGGCUGCAAGGCAGUAGCAAAUUAUAUUCGAGAAGUACUACUAGAGAAUACCAAGCAGCUGGAGUGUCGCCGAGGUUCAUAAUUGAUAAUUACAGUGGAAAAACGACAAGCCACUCAUUGAUUGCUGAUGCUUGGUGGGAGAUGGCUGAAUCUCAAUUGCAACAUGUUUGGAUAAAGGAAUGUAGAAAGAAUAAAAAGAGCACAUUUCAUUCUUUCUUUAGAUGCAGCUUCUUUGGUACUAUUUAUUUUCUCAAUACCUGCUUUUUCUUUCCAAAACAGAAUCUAUUAGGGAAUCCAUUGCAGGUCAAGCUUUCAUUUCUGUGAAUGGGAAUGUUGAAAAUAGAGAAUUAGGUGACAUGAUCAAAUCAUUUGUGGAUUGCAGAAGUGAUGUCUCCUUAAUUUAACAUUCGUCCCUUGCAUGCACAGUGGGAUCAUAGCAUUUUCCAUGCAUCCACCUUUCUUAUUGGAAAUCGUUAGUUCA